AUGAGCGGCCUGGACGGGGGUGAGAGGACCCUUGGCCCCGAAAACUGCAGCAUCACGCCCGACUAUGCCCCAGGAGACCUGGACCCACACCAGUGCCAGAGCUUCCGAGAGGGAACCGAGGCGACACCGGUAAUGGCAGAGACUGGUAAGGGCAGCUCGGAAAUCGUUGCACUGCAGUCUCCCCAGUUUCCAGAGGACGGGGACGCAUUCGGGGACCCCACGGGCUGUGGCCAUACUUCCCAGACCCAAGUCAGUGGGGGUAGCGGUCAUCUAGGCCGGAAGGAAGAGGCUCCGCGUUCCACAGAAGGCCUUGAAGCAGCGUCUGCCUCCGUGGGAAUUGAUAGCAGCCUAAAAAAUAACUGUCAGGGAGGAGAGUCUCUCGGCUCUGGCGCGGAGAAGGCACUAGAGACCUUUGACGAAGGGAGGUCCGGGUCUGAGGUGAUAGUUGGGGCCAUGCAAGUGAAGUCUGAAAAGUGCGCCAUCUCAGUUGCAAUGGAUGAGGAGAGGGCCGAGGUAGUGGAGGAGAUGGAGGUGGUAGAGAAGCCUGAAGAUGAAGAAAUGAAAGUGGCGGAGGAAAAUAGAGUGAUUGAGGAGGCAAGGCUCGGGCCCCUUAAUAUAGCUGUCCACGUGAACCCUCUGGAGGCCAUUCAGCAGGAACUGGACAGCGUGAAUGCUCAGGCUGACAGGGCCUUUCUCCAGCUGGAGCAGAAGUUUGGGCGGAUACGUAGGCACUACCUAGAGCGGAGGAAUUACAUCAUUCAGAAUAUCCCCGGCUUCUGGGCCACUGCCUUUCGGAACCACCCCAAGCUGUCCGCCAUCAUUAGGGGCCAAGAUGCGGAGAUGAUAAGGUACAUAAUUAAUUUGGAGGUGAAGGAGCUCAGACACCCUAGGACGGGCUGCAAGUUCAAGUUCUUCUUCCGAAGAAACCCCUUCUUCAGAAACAAGUUGAUUGUCAAGGAAUAUGAGGUCAGUUCCUCAGGCCGAGUGGUAUCUCUUUCCACUCCCAUUAUAUGGCGAAGAGGCCAUGAACCCCAGUCCUUCAUUCGCAGGAACCAAGAUAUCAUCUGUAGCUUCUUCACAUGGUUUUCAGACCAUAGUCUUCCAGAGUCUGACAGGAUCGCAGAGAUUAUCAAAGAGGACCUGUGGCCAAAUCCAUUGCAGUACUACUUGUUGCGUGGAGGGGCCCGUAGACCCAGACGCCGCCCAAUACGGGAGCCAGUUGAGAUUCCCAGGCCCUUUGGAUUCCAGUCUGGUUAA